UGAUGAGAAGCUUAUGAAUGGUAAGCAGCAAGCAGAGAAAGACAGUCCCCCACUGUACACAGACUCACCUGAUGGUAAUUCAGACUUGGGAUCACGCAGUUCCAUGGUGGAUUCCAGUGAAAAGGAAGAAAAAGGUCAGUCACACUUUGAUAGCUGUGCAGCAGUAUGUUCAAGAUGUGCUACUGGACAUGAUAACGUGGUUAAAAGAGGUUUAGAAGAUCAAGACUUUCAAAGCAAUGAAGCCAAUUCUAAAAACGACACUGAGGAGUUGACUGUAAAUGAUAAAAGAAAUGAAAACCUGGAGUCUGGCACUACUGAGGACGAAGAUAGUGUUCUUGCUGAUAAGGAGGAUGGCAAUUUUCAAGAGCUAGAUCUCAACAGCACAGAAGCUACAUCAACAGUGGAAAGCGAAUCAAAUGAAACUGCAGGAAAUACCAUCAAUGAAUCCCAAAGGGAUGAAGAAUCAGAACUAAGAGAACCAACACAAAAUGGGGCCCAAGAACAUGCCAGAGAUUCCGAAGAAGAAACUGAGCUAAACAGCAACAACAGAGGUCAGCAUUGGCCUGAGCAGGAUGAUUCCGAUGGUGAGUCGGAUAUUAAGGAAGGUUCUUCAGAGGAAACAGAAGAGACUUCAAGCCAAGAAGACAAAACAGAACAUCUGGAAGAGGAAGCAUUGGAUAUUCAGGAAGAGAAUACUGAAGCAGCAGGUUCUGAGCAAGAAGCUAAUAUGAGGAAAAGUGAACCUGAGGGGCAGGAGCAAAAUGACAAGGAAACUGACAAUAAAUGGGAUGAAAAUGAAACUGAAGAAAAUUUGAUGGAUUCGGAAGAUUCUGAUAGUCAGGAAACUCUACAGUUUGCAACAAGUGACAAUGGCAAAGGAUCUGAGGAAGGUGGAGAUAAUAAAGAGGCAUUUGCAAAGGAAGCGCAAGUAUCGGAUCAAAAAACUGAAGGAGUCAAAGUUGCUGAGGAGGGAAUUAUUGAGCCAGGCUUUAUUUCUGAUGAAGCUGCUGCAUUCCCAGGAUCUGAGAACGCAGGAAAGGAAGAAGCUGCUGAUUCUGAAGGAAGUAUGCCCGAUGGCAUCAUUGAUAACACAAGGCUUUCUCCUGAAAUGAAGGAGCAGAAGAGAGACGAUGAAGGAGAUGAGACGGAGGUGGAGGUGGAGGAGCAGCCUCAGCUACUGCUACCUUACAGAGAUCGAUCUCACAUUGACAAAACUCUUCGACUGAAUGAAAAGACUCCAUCUGAUGAUUACACUGGUGUGCUACAGCGGUUACGGAAGAUAUACCACACUGCCAUUAGACCCCUGGAGCAAGCAUAUAAGUACAAUGAGCUCAGACAACAUGAAAUCACAGCCUACCCAGGACGUUCCAUGAACUCAUUCCAAGAUGGAGAAAUUGUAUCAAAACCAAUGGUGCUGUUCUUGGGGCCGUGGAGUGUUGGAAAGUCCACCAUGGUCAACUAUCUCCUGGGACUGGAUGAGACUAUCUACCAGCUUUAUACAGGUGCGGAGCCCACGACAUCGGAAUUUACCGUGUUGAUGCACGGGUCUAAGAUACGCACAGUAGAAGGAAUUGUCAUGGCUGCUGACAGCGCUCGGUCAUUCUCCCCUCUGGAAAAGUUCGGACAGAACUUUCUGGAGAAACUGGUUGGCAUUGAGCUCCCACACAAGCUGCUGGAACGAGUGACUGUUGUAGAUACACCUGGUAUCAUCGAAAAUCGUAAACAGCAAGAAAGAGGUUAUCCCUUCAAUGAUGUUUGCCAGUGGUUUAUUGACCGAGCCGACCUCAUAUUUGUCGUGUUUGAUCCCACCAAACUGGAUGUCGGAUUGGAAUUGGAGAUGCUCUUCCGUCAACUGAAGGGUCGCGAAUCUCAAAUCAGAAUAAUUCUGAACAAAGCCGACAAUGUGGCCACUCAGGAACUAAUGCGAGUCUAUGGAGCUCUCUUCUGGAGCCUGGCACCAUUAAUCAAUGUCACAGAACCACCGCGGGUCUACGUUAGUUCCUUUUGGCCGUAUGAGUAUCAACCUGAUACAAACCAAAACCUAUUCCUGAAAGAGGAGGUCUCCCUACUGGAGGAUCUCAACCAAGUCAUUGAGAAUAGGCUGGAGAACAAAAUUGCCUUCAUCCGCCAGCAUGCCAUACGCGUCCGCAUUCACGCCCUUCUUGUGGACAGAUACUUGCAAACUUUUAAAGACAAAAUGACCUUCUUCAGUGAUCCUGAGCUGGUCUUCAAUGAAAUAUUGGAUGAACCAGAUAAAUUCUACAUCUUUAAAUCCAUCUUGGCUAAGACCAACGUCAGCAAGUUUGACCUGCCCAAUCCUAAUGUCUAUAAAGAUUUCUUUGGCAUUAAUUCUAUUAACACUUUCAAGUUGCUAUCAGCACAAUGCUCAUACAUGGGAGGAUGUCUGCUGGAGAAAAUCGAGCGUAUCAUCGCCCAUGAGCUUCCUGCUUUGUUGGGAACCAUCGCUGCUGGGAAAAACCCAUCUCUUUCAUCCUGUGACAUCACCGGAUGUGGAGAAACGCCAAAGAACCGAUAUAGAAAGCCCUGAACAAGGAGCUUGUACAUUAUUUAUGGGUGAAAUAGCUUAUGUCUUAUCUGUCCAAGAAGCCAUGGUUCAUUAACCCUUUGAGAACUGAGCUUUCAGCAUCGAGACACCUGUUGUAUACUUUAAAGGACAUUAAAAAAAACUUUUAUCGAAUCUGUACCACGAAUAUGUAAAAAUACGAAGCGCAAUACAUUUUUUAAUGAAUAGCAUUCUAGAAACAAAGAUGUACCAACCUGGUCAUUUUUGACUCCGUUUAGAAAGGUUUAUAAAGGGCUCAGAGGGUUAAUUUGCAGUGUAGCAAGUGGUUAAUGUCUCAAUGCAUGUUUAGAAUAGAGCUUUGAUAGCACUUCUGCCCCGUUUGGAGCAUGACGACUCAACUCUUGCUGCUGUUAACAUUUUGUUCUUGUACCUUUUUAUCUCAUUUUCCUCCUCCCCUCAUUAGUUAUUCCUGGUCACAAUGAUCUGCUUGCUGUGUCUAAAACACUAAGUUUCCACAUUCUUGAACUAAAUAACCCAUUCUUGAACUAAAUAACCUAGCUUUGCCCCCUUGCUUUGGAUCAUCAUUAAUAUGUAUGACAAAUUAUACACAAACCCUGCAAGAGGGCAUGCAUGCUUUAAAACAUUCAAUUACAGGCCACCUGGAAACUUACUGACCAAUAUAGCUGGUUCCACACUGAACCAUACAAAUUUUCUCAGCUGUCUGUGCUAUGAAGUAGCAAAUGUAGAUAGAGUACAGCAAAAAAUAGAUGAGGGCAGUGGUGCUUUAAAUCAUUACAGGUUAGGAGAGAACUAUGAUUACAACACACUUAAAACACACUUUGACAAUCUGUACAACUUUAAAUGUAUGUCCCAGUUAGAAUUACAGGUUGUAGCAAACUUAUCGGUCAUUCAGCUAGUUGCCUUUUCUCCAUUUCUCUUCCACUCAUUUUUCUUUCAAUUAUCUUUGAUCUGGUCAGUGGAUACACUGAGUGCCUCAGGCCUCUGACAGCAACUUAUGCACUCUGUGUUGAGUUUUCCCAGAAACACUUUACUGUCCUUCAUUGGCAUGAUACAAGCACUGUGCACUGAUAUCUCUACAAUGCAUUAAGGAGCUUUGACACUGUAAUCUUAUGGUUAUUCAGGUUAAAGGAUGGCCAUAUAAAGCUUUUGAUUGUAUGCGAGCCAAUUUAAAAGUAAAAUGCAUGCAUAAAUGUUGUGGACCUACUCCACAGUACAGCUAAGAUGAAGUUUACUUUGAUAUAAUAGAAUGGUUUGUUGCUUCAGCUUGUUCUUCAUUCUCUUUCUUUUAAAUGCAUCCCUUUAUACUUUGCCCCUCCAUUUCUAUAGUUGUCCAUCUGAGAACUGACAGCUAACUAAUCCUCAUCACGGCUUCCCUCUGUCCUACUGUUAGGACAUUUGAGAAGGUACUUCAACUUGGAAAUCUCAUCACCUCCAUUAAAUACAUCACUAACAGGAUACUGAAAGCAAUUAAUGCCCUGAUUCCAUUCGGGAAGAUAAAGGAAUUUUCCUUCAUGGACAAAGAAAAGUGUUGAGUGUAAGUAGAAGAGAGAAGAGUUAGUGAGGCAACUUAUGUAAAAGUGAAUCAACAUAGGCGUUGGAGAUUUGUAAAGAAUAUCAUGAUAAAAUUGAAUUAAUAAACUAUGAAACACUUGUAUAAAGGCCACAAAACACAGGUUAGUAGCUGACCACUCAGUGAUCAAACAAAUUUGAGUGGUUCACUUACCAAGGACUACAGUAUGUGAGCGACUUUUUUUGGGAGGAGUAACAGUACACUGCCAUUGCUGAUCAGAUUGAAUCGAUGACAAACUAAUUUUUGUGCAAGGUUUAGUCUUGCAUUUUCCCCAAUUCUCAUCAACAUGACAGUUGGGUACCCAGAAGUGGGAAUGGGCAGCACAGAAGGGUAUAGUAAUGCUAGUUCCCUGGAAAAUAAAGAUCAGAAAGGAACUAAUGUGAUAUUCAACAGGAAAAGUGGAGUAGUUAAUAUUGAGGUGGUGGAGUGUCUUAGACAUUGUCCAAACAUGCUCUGCAACAUAAUCCUUGUUCAUUAAUUGUCCAUGUGAAUUACUGGUCCAAAUGCUAAGAAGUGGAGAACUAAAUAGCUGAAGAUGAUUACUUUGGGAGGCCCUAGUGGUGUAUCCUGUUAUCAGUCUACAUGUAUUUCCUAAUGCUCAAACUUUUAUCUCUAUAUUAUCCCAGAACAAUCACUAUUGAAUUUACACAGUGGCAGAGGGUAGCUAGUGGUCUUGGGACCUCUUAGCUGUUGACAGUAGCUAGCCAUGUACUAUCCUACAAACUCCACAGCAUCUUCCACGGAUGAAAAGCGAGAACCUUUGAGCACUGGUGUCCAUGAUCUGUGAAUUUUGGAUAUUGGUGGGAGGACAACAAUGUUGGCCAUCUAGGGUUAGAUGUGUGACUGUAGCAUUAGGAUCAUUUGGGUAUAUCAGAGAAAAAAUUGUCUGUCUUUAACCUGUGAAAGGUCUGUUGUUUUGCGAUUGCAUUUUUCCAGGAGACUCUGCAUUUCUUGUAUGUUGUGGGUUCCUCUGUGUUCAGAGAAAACCCAACUCCCUGCAAGAAACCCAGACAAUAAAUUCUCUACAGCGUUGAUUGUAAGAGUGCAGUGUCUGAUAAGGAACCUUGCCCACUGGAAACAUAUUGGGGCAUUGUGGCUGGGGAUUGGCAUAAUUUUAAUGGAUGCAAAAUUGUUAGGAACAAAUGUUUGUAAAACUGGCCCUUACAUCUAGGCCUUCUAAUUCUCAGUCUUUUUUUCCUCUCUCCCCGAAUUCCUGUCAAAUUUGGAUUAAAUUGGUGGUGAGAAAAUCCGUACUUUUUGACUCAAAAAUGAAACAAACUGUUUGGAAUCAGAAAACGUCAGGCUUCACAAGACAGUAGGCAGACAACCUGAAUCCAUAAGGGGAGUCUGCUGAUAGCAAAGGGGUGGAUCACAUGUCACUGUAAACAUUUAUGGCCAGUUGGCGGUGCCUUCUUACUUAAAGGUUUAAUUUGGCUUGAACAGGUUGAACUUGAGUUUUGGAAUUCAUCUUUUAGGGUUGCUUGGUUGCAACAGGUUAAAGCCUGAAAUCAGAAGGCCUAGAAGUGUCCUAAAAUCAGGCUCUUACUGCCAAUUUUAGGGAUUAGCUACAAAAUGAAUCAAAGACAAGUUUACAGUACGUCAGUUUGUAGAUAAUGCAGACCCUUCUAAUAAAGCUCAUUUUCAAACACCA